UUAUUAUUUUUGAGUUUCACACGCCACACGACCACCAGACGAUAAACUCAGAUUACAAAAGAAAUUAGUGACACCAGACGACCAGACCAGCUGAAGCCGGAAAUCAUCGUACAAGUAACACAAGAAACAUGAAUUCACUAACCAGACAGUUAUUUAGGACUGCGAAAAAGGCAGGAGCGCGCAACUUGAGCGUUUCAGGAGUAAGGAGACAGGAACCACAGCCCGCUGAAUUGGGUGCGCAAUUUGGCAGGGCACCAUUGACACAUUUGACUGAAGAUGAACAGGUCAUGAAAGACACAGUUGCCCGCCUGGCACAGGAUCAAAUCGCCCCUUUGGUCCGAGAAAUGGAAAAUGAAGGAAAAGUGAAAGACUCCGUGUUGAAAAUGUUGUUCGAAAAUGGGCUUAUGGGUAUAGAAAUUGAUUCGGACUAUGGCGGUGCAGGAUGCAAUUUCAUGACCACGGUACUCACAGUCGAAGAAAUUUCAAAAGUCGAUCCUGCCGUAGCUGCCCUUGUAGACAUCCACAACACCCUCGUGAACACUGUGAUAAUAAAAUUAGGUAACAAACAGCAAAAGGAACAAUAUCUACCAAGGCUAGCCACAGAUAUGGUUGCAAGUUUUGCCCUCUCAGAACCAUCCUCAGGAUCGGACGCCUUCGCCCUCAAAACAACAGCCAAAAAAGACGGAUCUGAUUAUAUUUUGAACGGCUCCAAAAUGUGGAUCUCGAAUUCAGACAUAGCUGGAGUGUUCCUGAUCAUGGCUAACGCUAAUCCUUCUGCGGGAUACAAAGGAAUCACAUGCUUUAUCGUAGACAGAGACACCCCCGGCUUCAGCGUAGCCAAACCAGAGAACAAACUUGGAAUCGUAGCUUCAGGGACCUGCAUGUUAAACAUGGACAACGUCCGAGUACCAGAAACAGCAAUUUUGGGUGAAUUAGGGCAAGGUUACAAAAUAGCGGCUUCCAUUUUGAAUGAAGGAAGGGUUGGAAUCGCUGCUCAGAUGAUCGGAUUGGCACAAGGAUGUUACGAUCACACGAUACCGUAUACUUUGGAGAGACAACAGUUUGGAAAGCCCAUUUUCAGCUUCCAGGGUAUGCAGUACCAAAUAGCCGAAGUAGCUACCCAAAUCGAAGCGGCUCGUCUUCUCACCUACAACGCAGCUCGUAUGGUGGAAGCUAAAGUACCAUUCAUGAAAGAAGCCGCCAUGGCUAAGUUCUAUGCUGCUGACAUUGCCCAGAACGUCACCGUCAAGUGCAUAGACUGGAUGGGCGGAGUUGGCUUCACCAAGGACUUCAUCCAAGAAAAAUACUACAGGGACGUCAAAAUCGGCAGCAUCUACGAAGGUACUGCUAAUAUGCAACUGAGCACCAUCGCUAAGUGCAUCGAGAGGGAGUUCAAGCAAUAAAUUCGACGAUACUGAACUGACCAUUUCAUCUUGACAAUAAAUUGAAUAUAAUUGAGCUAACAUAAUUGAGUAAACAUUAAAAAUAAACACAAACAUGGCAAAUAGGUGUCCAAAUCCCAUAUUGGCAACCCAACUCUACUGCCAAUGCAUUUUGGAUAUUUUAUCAAGCACUGUCCUAACGAAACAAUCCAUAAAAUCACAUUUUCAAACGACCACGCUAAUUACAGACAUAUUGUAGGAGAGCUAUUUCCUAUAUAGUAGGAAAAAAUAGUAUACUUGGCAACAAUGAUGCGUGGUAGCAAAAGUACGACAAAACUUUUAGGCCUGCUAACAGGUGGCGCUAGUACUAACUAGGAUUGAAUUUUAUUAAUAUUAUAAAUGUAAAGGAUUUCUGGACUCAAAUACUCAAUUAUAGUAUUUUUAGACACAUCUUUAUAUAGACAUGUGCCAAAAUAAAGCAUUUCAUAACUUUUGUAAAUAUAAAUUCAUCGUUCACGCGGUAUUUUCGGUAUAUGUAUUUUAAUUUUUUAGUAAUUUUAAUAUAAGCGUCUACUGUAAUUCGUUAAAUGAAUUAUCUUUGUAUAUAUUGAUAUAUUUUUAUAAUUAUACAAGUAUUUGUCAAUAAAUAAUUGUUCUCAAA